UCUCAGCAAAUUUGAGUAAAGCAGGAUAAAAGAAAUCACUGUUGUCACCUUGCCUGUGCUGGUAUUGGAACACUUUCUUCUGACCUUUUCCCAUCAUGGUAGUGGAGGAAGAAAAUGGGCACUAAACAUGCCGUGCUUAUUUAUCUAUAUGAAAGGUAACUUUCGUCUUGCUUGCAGUUCAGGGGUUUAUAGAAUCAAAUGGUAAGUGCUUAAUGUAGACCCAUGAGAGAUUUUAGGAGUGGAAUACUAGAAAGCAUUAUGUAUUCAACUGUGUUUGAGAAGGAGGGUAGGUAUUUGCAGUGAUGCUGGAGGUUUAACUUUUUUGCGUACCACUGCAAAUAUGGAGUUUUUAGGCACCAGUCCAGUACUGCCAAAAGCCAAAAUGGCUGGUUUCAAAGCUUUAUAACUUCCCUAAAAUUCAGUUACACUCCUCCCUCCCCCAGAUCCUUCAGAAGCACCAGCAAUAGCUAGUCUAAGGCAGUGCCUCAUUUCUAAUACCGAAAAGAACCGAUGUUAUAAUACUUCCUCAUUUCUCAGCAUCUGGCCAUCUGCAGCUUUCUCACACCCAUCUGAGAUUGUCACAUUUAGCAAAACUCUUGCUGGAAAGGUCACAAACCACCAUACAAACUUCAAAAACUAGCAGUGACAUGUAUCAGUGAUAUAUUUCAGAGAUGAACUUUGGGCAAUCUGGAAGAUGCCAGCCCAUGAAAUCAUAACUCUUCCAGAAGUGGCUUGAUAGGAGCUCAGCAGUGAGAAUUAUCUCCUGUUCGAGGUGAUACGAUGGUGUGUGGAGCGGCACAUCUUAUUAGGAUAGCGCGACAGACUGUGAUACAAACAGCUUUCACUACUUCGUAUCUGAUGUCUGUGACCCCUGCCUGAAUCCUAGUUAACAGGGCAUAAUUAACAUCAUGGUUUGAUUUUCAGUGUACAACAUAAAUAAAAAUAACAUUUUGUGUGGCCUGGUGGUUAAAGAUGCCUGUGCUUAUUUUGUAUUGACUCAAUCUCCAGAUUUAACUUUAUUCCAUGUCCUGGGGCAGCUACUUCAUUUCAGGGCAGGUAGAAUGAGCAGGGAAGAGGCCCUUUCAGUAGGGGAUUUCUAACGUGAGUUAUGGCAGAGCUCAGAUUCUUCUGUAUUGAAAGCAAAAGUAGCAUGUGAAGUCUUUGAAGUGUGAAUGCACUUGAUUGCUAAUUGCAUGGGUUUGUAUUUCUGUCAGGUGACCUGAUCUCCUGGGAUGUCAGCUGAAAAGGUGCAUGGCGGUGUAGAUCUGGUAUAAGUUCAUUCUUUGUCCUCUCAAUACUUGUCGUGAGUGGUCACCAUAAAAUGGAUACUUUGGGCAGUCUCCUUCCUCCCAUGGUUGGAAACGGUGAUGUGGCUAAUUCGCAAGAACUGCAAAAACUUCUGAUUGAUGAAAAGAUGCGAUGUGAGCACCAUAAAGCAAAUUAUCAAACUCUAAAGGCAGAACAUAUAAGGUUACAGGAGGAAUAUACAAAAUCACAAGAUGAACUGAAGCGGUUGUUAGCUGAAAAGCAGACUGUACAUGAAAAAUUCCAGUUUCUUCUUGCUGAAUAUAGAGAGGAGCUGUUGGGUAAAACACAAGAGUUGGAGAGACUGAAGAUGCAGGUCCUAACUCCUCAGAAAUUAGAGCUGUUAAAAGCACAAAUACAGCAGGAAUUGGAAUCUCCUAUGACAGAACGUUAUCGGAAACUAGAAAAUGAAGUGGAAAAAUACAGAACAGAAUAUAACAAACUUCGUUAUGAACAUACUUUUCUGAAAUCAGAAUUUGAACAUCAAAAGGAAGAACAUGCACGUAUUUUAGAAGAGAAGAAAAUAAAAUAUGAGGCAGAGGUUGCAAGGCUGGAGAAAGAUAAAGAAGAACUCCAUAAUCAGCUGCUCAGUGUUGAUCCCACGAGGGACAGUAAACGUGUGGAGGUACUCUCCAGAGAAAAGGCACAACUGUAUCAGAAAUUAAAAGGCUUAGAAGCAGAAGUAGAAGAACUGAGAGCUGAAAGAGACAAUUGUGGUGCACAAGCAGAAAGUGUUCAAAGAAUACAAGUCCGACAGUUAGCUGAGAUGCGGACUCUGACGAGGUCUCUAGAGGCAGAAAAGAAGUCAGCUGAACAACAGAUUGAUCGAGUUGAGAAAGAAUUGCAGAUGAGUCAUGAGCAGAACAUUCUUUUAACUAGCAAACUUCACAAAUCUGAAAGAGAAGUCAAUUCUUUAACUGCUAAAGUAGAAGAACUUAAACAUUCACACAAAUUAGAAGUAACAAAUGUCAAACUGGAGGCAGCAAGAACAAAAAGUGAAGCAGAAAGAGAGAGAAACAAGAUUCAAAGUGAAAUGGAUGGAUUGCUGUCAGACAAGGAAAUUCUUAAGGCAGCUGUUGAGCGUCAUAAGGUGCUUUUAGUAGAAAAGGAUCGAGAGCUAAUUCGUAAAGUGCAAGCUGCUAAAGAGGAAGUUUUUGAAAAAAUUGCAGCCUUACAAGAUGAAAAGUUAGAACUUGAGAACAGAUUAGCCGAUCUAGAGAAGAUGAAACUGGAACAAGAUACUUGGAGACAAACUGAAAAGGAUCAGUAUGAAGAGAAGCUACGUGUUGUACAGGUGGCAGAAGAAUCUAGCAAAAAGGAACUUCAGCGUCUGCGAUUAAAGAUUCAACAGCAAGCUAUGCAGGCAGAGGAGCUAGAAGAGAAGAAACGUGAAAGUGGCGAUCUAAAACAGCAAAUUCAAGACAUGCAACUCCAAGUUGCUUCACUUUCUCAGUCAGAAAAUGAUUUGCUGGAUUCUAAUCAGAAGCUGAAGGAAACAAUAGAAAGAUUGAGACAAGAAUGUCAAAACGCCAGGACUCAGGCAGAAAAAGCUCAACUGGAAACAGAGAAGACUUUAGAAUACAAACGUAUUGAAUGGCUGGAGGAGAAGCACAUGCUUACUCAGCGCAUCACAGAGAAAGAGGAGAAAUACAACGAAGCAAAGAACAAGCUAUGUCGAGCUGCUGUUGCUCAGAAAAAGAGAAAGACGCUCAAUGACAAUAAACAGAGGAGGAUGCAAGAGAAACUACAGCUUUUGGAAGCCAAGAUAGAAGAACUAGAAAAAGAAAAUAAUGUGCUAAAUAGGCAGAAUGUGUCCUAUGAAGAAUAUGCGCGCCUCCAGAAGAGACUAAAGGACUUGCAACGUAGACACAAUGAGUUCCGGAGUUUAAUUUUGAAUCCUAACAUACCAUCACUCAAUCCAGCCAGUGUAAUGUCAUCGUCUGCCUUGCCUCCUGGGCCCGAAGCGUCCUUCCCCCUCCUUCAGGAGGAACAGCAUCAAAGAGAGCUUUCCCUGCUUCGCAAGCGUCUGGAAGAACUAGAGACCACACAGAGAAAACAGCUGGAAGAGCUUGGACCGUCUAGAGAGCGAGUAGCAGUGGGAGCAUACAGGGGCUUAGCCAGAAACAAGAUAGCUGAGGAAGGUGAUGCACAAGGAGAGGACUCCAAAUAAAACCUGUGCAUUCUGCGGAGUGGUGGUCUUCGGUAGCUUAUCAUUCGUACGUGCUUUUGGUGUUCUGCCAAACCAUGACUGUAUGUGCCUGGAUUGCGUAAAAAAUACUCUGCAUAGUUUUGUAUUUAUUUUUGAUAGACUGUUUAAAUUAUCAAAUAUAAUGUUUUCUAAACAAAAUCAUUGUAAGAGUAACUGCAUUUCAAAAAUAUCUUUAUAAAUGGUGUAAAAGUAUUUGGAAGUCAAAACCUGAAAUCUUGUUGCACAAAACUUUAAAGAACAUUUUGGCAAGGUUUGUGUUGUGCUGAAAUGUUGACAUUUGAAAUAUAAAUUAAGAUCCAAUUUUCUGGAAAAAUCCUAAAAUAAUGUAGUUGAUAAUAUCCUCUGACUCCUUUGAUGUAGAAGUUAUUGUAUCAGUGUGGAAUUCUGCUGGGUUGGUAUUUGGAUUGCUAACCAGUUAUCAUCUACAUUUGGAAUGUUAUUUUGAAGUUCCUAUGCAUGUAGACAGGAUGAAAUGAAUUGAAAAAGUGAUGAAAACUUUUUGCUACUCUUGUCAACGUGCCUCUUGUAUUUUUUAUAAUGGGCAGAAGCAAUAAUCAUUUUUUUAAUAAUGUAGUGAAGUAUAACAAGUUGCCUUCACAUUAUGAAAAUAAGUUUGUAUCUGUUGCUACUGUAAUUUGUUUACUCCACUACAAUAAAAUCUAUUUAUUCAAGGUU